UGCUCGACUCCAGUCACACGUCAAAUAGAUUGAAGAGAUAUUUGCCGACAUGGCCUCAGCCUGUGCUUCUUCCACGAUUGCUGCCGUCGCCUUCUCUUCUUCCCCAAGCUCUCAGAAGAAUGGAUCCAUCCUGGGAGCAACGAAAGCUUCUUUCCUUAGUGGGAGGAAACUGAGAGUAAGCCAGUACACUUCUCCUCCUGCUGGAGCACGAUCGCUGACCAUCUGUGCUGCAGCUGCUGACCCCGACAGACCCAUCUGGUUCCCCGGCAGCACACCACCCCCAUGGCUUGAUGGCAGCCUCCCAGGAGACUUUGGCUUUGAUCCUCUGGGUCUGGGAUCUGACCCAGAGACCUUGAGGUGGAAUGUGCAGUCGGAGAUCGUGCAUUGCAGAUGGGCCAUGUUGGGUGCAGCGGGUAUUUUUAUCCCUGAAUUCUUGACAAAGAUUGGGAUCCUGAAUACGCCAUCAUGGUACUCUGCUGGAGAACUAGAAUACUUCACCGACACCACAACACUCUUCGUCGUUGAGAUGAUCCUCAUCGGUUGGGCCGAGGGAAGACGGUGGGCGGACAUCAUCAAGCCUGGAUGUGUGAACACUGACCCCAUCUUCCCAAACAACAAGCUUACUGGAACUGAUGUUGGCUACCCAGGCGGCCUGUGGUUUGACCCUCUUGGCUGGGGAACCGGCUCUCCUGAGAAAGUCAAGGAAUUGAGGACAAAAGAGAUCAAGAAUGGAAGGUUGGCGAUGUUGGCUGUAAUGGGUGCAUGGUUCCAACACAUCUACACUGGUACAGGACCAAUUGACAACCUCUUUGCUCACCUUGCUGAUCCUGGGCAUGCCACCGUUUUUUCUGCUUUCACCAACAAGUGAGGGAAGGAAGCAGCAGCUCAAAAGAUUCAAGUGCUGAAGACACGGGGGACAGCAUCAUGAUGGAAAACAUUUUAGAACUGUGUUUUCUAAGUGAUGAUGUAUUAUUUGAAAUCUUGUAUUCUCUUUGUCUCUGUCUGCUGUAGAGAAUACCUAAUGCAGUGUACAAAUACCUCAAAACAAACUCCACCCCAUCAUUUUGAACCCAUGUUAUCGAGAAAAGUAACAAUAGAUCCACCCAUAUGCAUAACA